GCUUGCAACAAAAAAGUGAUUUGUCCUCAAUCAAAACGGUUUCUGGCAGCAAAGAGAGAGAGAGAGAGAGAGAGAGAGAAAACAAUGCCCGUCUCCCCCUUUGGUGUGUCCAAUUCGUUUUCCCCAUCUCCAUCUGGGGUAUCCUUCGACUAGGAAAGAAACGGUGUACCAUCAUCUAUGGUAUGCGAUCAUUGUGAUGAAUUUGGGUUGGAUUGGGAAUGGAUGGAUCGGUCCAGUUCGCGCGUUAGGGUCCAGACUUCACGGCACGGUAGUGAAGCCAAAAGCCCACGCUACCUUACCUCAACUGCCCAUCCCGUCCAUAAUAGUUCAAGUCAUCCGUGGUUCCCAUCCUCGCCACGAAGCCGUCGGGCACUAAAGCUGGCUGCCGGGCGGCGCGUGCCUGACAGGACAAGCCCGCCGUGCCGCUCAAAAAAACGAAAGGGCUCUCUCUCUCUCUCUCUCUCUCGCCGGUCUCCAAUCCGUGUGGAUACGGAGGAGAGCGUGGCUUUUUUUAUU